AGAAACUCGUACGGAGCCUAAUACCGAGACCGUGCAGUGCAAGCCCGGUUGGACCACGUGGAUUAAUGUAAACUCCAAACCCGGUCCCAAGGACUCUGACUUUGAACCACUGCCAACUUCCAUUAUAAUGGCGGAGUUACCGGGAAGCCGAUGCGAAUCUGACAUGAUCGCCGACAUCCAAUGCAGAACGGUAGACACGCACCUGACUCCAAAAGAAACCGGACUGGAUGUCGAAUGCAGCUUGGAGCGCGGUUUAGUCUGCACGUCUAGACAGGACGAGGACGAGUGUCCCGAUUUUGAAAUUCGAGUCAAAUGCCAAUGCAAAGAAACGGUGACCGUAUCGUGCGAUCCAUCACAGCCUUUGGAAGCUCACGUUGGCGACUGCUACUUAUAUCACGGUUGCGACAAAACCGACGACGGAAACUCGCUGGUUGUCAAAACUUGCGGACCAGAUUUGAUGUUCAAUCCCAAGAAGCUCAAGUGCGAUUUUCCGUCCAAAGUCAUACUCGUUAAACCGGAAUGCGAAGUUUCAACUACUGCCCCAGUUACAACUCCGGCGUGCGACGUACACGGGCCGAAUAUCGCCGAUCCAUCCGACUGCUACCUCUAUUACCGUUGCGAACAGACGGACAAUGGGUACGAGCUUGUGCGAAAAACGUGCUACCCCGACUUUAUGUUUAACACGGAAACGCUUCAGUGCGACUUCUCGAUGAAAGUCGGCGAGUUGCGACCCGAAUGUCACGAGACCGUUACCGAAGCCUGCGACGUCGGCGAACCCAGCAAACCCCACUCGUCGGACUGUUAUCUGUAUUACAGCUGCAUCGAGAAAGAGAACAAGGGGGCGGAAUUAGUCGGACAAAACUGCGGACCGAACUUAAUGUUUAAUCCCGCAAAGCUGAAAUGCGAUUUUCCGGAAAACGUCGGCCAAGUUAGACCGGAAUGUGUAUUCACCAUUAAGCCAGCUACCGAAGUGUGUGCAAUGGAUGAGCCGAAUCGUCCACACGCUCACGACUGCUCCGCGUACUACAAAUGCGAGAAGACCGAGGAAGGAAACGAUCUAGUCGAAAAGAUUUGCGAGUCAGGAUUGAUGUUUAAUCCCAUCAGUUUGCAAUGUGAUUCUGAAGAGUCUGUAGGGCAAGUCCGACCGGAGUGUGUUCCUUCAACGACACGUGCACCAUCGACUACUGUAGCGUGUAACGUUGAUGGACCCAAUGUGCCAGACCUCACAGACUGUUACAAAUUCUACCGAUGUGAGGACAGGGAAAGUGGAGUCGAAAUGGUUACCAAAACUUGUUACCCCGAGUUUAUGUUUGACACUGUCUCGCUAAAAUGCGAGUUUCCUGAGCAAGUGGCAGUAGUGAGACCAGAAUGUGAGAUAGAGGUGCCAAUUUCUCCAGUCUGCGACGCAUCAGAACCCAAUAAGCCUCACCCUUCGGAUUGUUUCUUGUAUUAUCGUUGCGAGGAGAAAGAGGAGGGAUCGGUGCUGGUUGGAAGAACAUGUGGACCGAUGCUGAUGUUCAAUCCCGCUACUCUUAAAUGCGAUUCCCCAGGCAACGUUGCUAAGGUCAAACCCGAAUGUAAAAUCACUAAACCUCAAUGUGAUAUGAACGAACCAAACCGAGCCGACCCCACCGACUGCUAUCAGUACCUCAAGUGUGAAGACACGGAGGACGGAAUUUUGUUGGUCAAGAAGACUUGCGCCGACGAUUUAAUGUUCAAUCCUGUAAGUUUGGAAUGCGAUUCCCCGGACAAUGUCGCGGAAAUCAAACCGGAGUGCGAAAUUUGGAGGACAAGGCUGCCAACCACGCAACAAUGCGACGUUUCCGAACCCAACAGACCAGGAGCUGAUUGUUACACUUACCACCGUUGCGAGGAAAGAGACGGCGUUGCUGUUGAAGUUCAAAAAUCAUGUAAACCGGAAUUCAUGUUCAAUCCGGAAACGCUGCAGUGCGAUUUCCCAGACAACGUUGGUGUAAUUAAAGAGGAAUGUAUAGAAGUCAUUCCAACCGUGAAACCGACAUGCGACGUUAGCGUCCCCAAUAAACCGCAUCCCUCUGAUUGUUACCUGUACUACCGUUGCGAAGAGACCGAAACCGGCGGUGAGCUCAUUGGAAGGACCUGCGGGCCGAUGUUGAUGUUCAACUCUGCGAAACUUAAGUGUGAUUUCCCCCACAACGUUGCCAAAGUCAGACCCGAAUGUGCAGGUGUUACCUCUACAAGCACAGAAGCUACCGUGACUGCAAUUUGCGAGAUGACGGACGCCAAACUGCCACACGUGUCCGACUGCCACAUCUACUACGUCUGUGAAGAAACGGAAGUUGGAAAUGACUUGGCGCAAAAAACUUGCGGUUCCAUGCUGAUGUUUAAUCCGAUGACUUUAAAAUGUGAUUUCCCAUUAGACGUUGCUAAAGUAAGACCGGAAUGUGCCGUGAUUGAGUCUACCACCGUCACUACUACUGGCGAAUCAGUUGCAACAACCACUUCUCCAUUGUGCGAUGUCCACGGAGAAAACGAAAUGGAUCACAGCGACUGUUACAAAUACUACCACUGUGAAGAGAGGGAGAAUGGCUUGCAGGUCGUUACGAAAACUUGCUACCCAGAAUUCAUGUUUAAUCCGAUUACUAUGCAAUGCGAUUUUGCCGAACAUGUUUUAUUCAUCAGACCGGAGUGUCAUGAUGAACCAAUAGUACACGCCGUGUGUGACACAUCUCAGCCAAAUAAACCUCAUCCUUCGGACUGUUACCUUUACUACCGUUGUGAGGCAACCGCGGAUGGAGGCGAACUGACAGGCAGAACUUGUGGUCCAAUGUUAAUGUUCAACUCCGCAAAACUAAAAUGCGAUUUCCCUUCAAAUGUUGUGAAGAUUAGGCCUGAAUGCGGUGCUACCGUUACAACAACAUCACGUGAGUAA